AUGGAACUGGCUCAUAGUUUACUGUUAAAUGAAGAAGCACUUUCCAAAAUACCAGAGCCCAAACGACCUGUCUUUAUAUUUGAAUGGCUCAGGUUUCUAGAUAAAGUUCUUGUUGCAGCCCAGAAGUCUGACAUCAAAGAGAGCCAGCAGAAGUUAAUAAUACAGCUGAGCAAUGAGAUAACAGAAAACCGUGGUCCACCAAUCAGAAAGCUGAUAGCUAGUUGCCUAGCAACCAUUUUCAGUGUCGGGGACACUUCUGCUCUCUUUGAGAUGAUCAACAAGUGCAAUGACAUCAUUAGAAAUAAGGAUGACUCUCCUCUUUAUCUGCCAACGAAAUUAGGGGCCAUAACCUGCAUUGGUGAGAUGUACGAGAGGUUAGGAAGAAUGGUUGGAAGGUCUUACGAGGAGACCAUCAAUCUUCUUAUCAAGGCUCUCAAAAACGCUGAAUCUCAUGGCAGAUGUGAGAUCAUGAUAACGUUGAGGAAGGUGGUGAUAGGUCUGGGAUCUGCCGGCUCUAAUUGUUACAAGGACAUCUAUAAGGCUGCCAAAAACUGCCUAACUGAAAGAUCGCUGCCUGUUCGAUCGGCCGCUGCAGCUUGCCUAAUACAGAUGAUAGAGGAAUGCCCUUUCAUAUACACAUCAGAGAUGGACAACAUCACCUCCCUAUGUUUUAGAGCCAUGGACUCAGCCAACUACGAAGUUCGUUGCGACGUUGCUCAGCUUCUUGGCUCUAUCAUGGCUGCCUCACUCUUGUCGCAGAAUUCAAAAAUUGCCGGUACUAACAGCAAGGGCAAGCAAGUGAAACUGGAUGACAUCCUGGCGAUGAUGGGUUCAGGUUUCAUGAGGGGUGGGUCUAGUUUUUUGAAGGGGGGUGAACAGAAAGGGGGCAGCAAUAUCAACAGGGACAUCAGGGUCGGAGUCACCCAUGCAUACGUGGAAUUCUGUAGAAGAAUGGGUCCUCAAUGGCUAGAGAGAAACUUGAGCACAUUCCUGAACCACCUCUUCAGUCUGGUUUCGAACCCGCGCAACACCUCAUACCACAUCGAUGCCGUCUACGCCAGGAAGUGCAUCAACUUCAUACUGAGAAGUGUCCUGGGGUCGUUGCUGGCCGAGAAGGCUCAAGUGGGAGCUGCCAGGGAGCUGUGUCUUGUGGUUGUUAAGCAGAUCAAUUUGACUGCUGACAUGGGAGACGACCCACAACAGCAGCAGCAGCAGCAGCAACCACAGCAGCAGCAAACAUCCUCCUCAUCAACCGAUGCCCCAAACGCCCACCACAUUUUGAUCUGUGCUCUCCAAGAACUCGGUUCAUUAGUUCAGGGUCUGGGAACUUCUGCUGCUACUCUUGUUGUUGAACCAUCUAAUGGUAUCAUAGAGCCAGUGGUAUCAGUCCUCGUGCAUCCUUCACCACCGGCUCGACUGGCCGCAGCCUGGUGUCUUCGAAGCAUUGCCAUUGCCCUCCCCUCCCAAAUGACCAUUCUCAUUGAUAGAUGUAUGAACAGAAUGCAACACUUGAAGUCUUCAAUGGAGGCAAUAUCCGGCUACUCAUUCGCAUUGGCUGCCCUGCUGGGAGGUGUCAAUCAAACGCCCCUUCGUAUCCCACACGUCAAGGGCAAGCAAAUCUUCUCAUUGGCUGAAGAUCUUCUUAGGACAGCCAGUCAAAAUAGUAGACUGUCAUUGCAGAGAACACAGUCUGGGUGGCUUCUUAUGGGGGCACUCAUGGCCCUCGGACCUUCAGUGGUGAAAUCCCACCUACCGAGAUUGCUCCUACUGUGGAGAAAUGCUUUCCCAAGGUCGACCAAGGAACUUGAGUCGGAAAAGUUGAGGGGAGAUGCAUUUACCUGGCAAGUUACUCUCGAAGGAAGGGCAGGGGCACUGGCUGCCAUGCACAGUUUCUUGUUUUUCUGUCCCGAGUUAGUGACCGACGACAUCACUAAAAGAUUGCUUCCCUCUCUCGAAUGUGCUCUCACCAUGAUCGUCCAAAUAGCGAGUGUAGUGAAAGUGUACGGAGCGCAUUUGAAAGCUAGCGCCGCCACUGUCCGCCUGCGUUUGUAUGACGUCCUAUCCAACCUAAGUCCAGAUCUAUAUGAAACUUCCUUCAACUCGCUAUUGCGAGAGCUCGUAGCCGAAUUCACAUUGACCGACAAUCCGGCUAACACGACUACGUCUCGCCUAAGGACGCUCUGUCACGCCGAUGAUUCCAUUAUUCUCGGUAGUCGUCUGCAGGAGACAGAUCAUAGGGUGAUCGAGGAUCAGGUGAUGAAUUGGGAGGCUGGAAGUUUUGUAGGGAUGGACUGGUUUUGUGCCAACAGUGCGUCAGGGUCGGGUGCAUUAGAGCAUGAUCCUACCUGCAUCUACCUUCCCUGCCUGCCUGGCGAGCACAUCCCUGGACCCCUCCCACUGGGUGUGUCUGUGAUUGACAGUUCGGUGCGAUUAUUCGGCAUAGCGUUCCCGCGCGUGGCUUUCAAGCACCGGCUGCAGAUGUUGGAGCAUUUUUCAGAAUGCAUCAGGCAGGCCAAGUCGACCAGGCAGCAAGCCGUACAGAUCAAUAUAUUCACCGCUGUCUUGCAUGCCCUGAAGAACUUGGCAGAGAGCAAAACGGGAUUUGGGAAUGCUGAAGUUAGAAGGGCUGCCGUUGAUUUGGUCUUGGAAGUAUUGAAAACGGCACGUGACGUAGUAACAAGGACGGGUCACUCCCUGGCACUCGGGUGCCUGCAUCGUUACGUGGGCGGCAUGGGGGCCGGCCAACACCUCAACACCAGUGUCAGCAUCCUCUUGGCUCUGGCUCAGGAUCAAAGUUCACCCGUUGUGCAGGUUUGGGCGCUGCAUGCUUUGGCUUUGAUAGCCGAUUCAGGAGGUCCCAUGUUUAGGACCUUUGUGGAACCCACGCUGUCACUGGUACUUCAACUACUGUUGAGUGUGCCUCUAUCUAAUGUCGAUGUACAUCAGUGUCUGGGAAAAUGUCUGGCUGCUUUGAUUACUACCAUUGGGCCGGAGUUGCAUGGUAAUGUGAGUGGCCCAAUAGCAACAGCUCGUCUUUACUGCUUGGUCUGCUGUGCAAUCAUGCAGGACCACUCGGAUUCCAUCGUCCAAUCAGAAGCUAUUUCCUGUUUGCAGCAGCUACAUCUUUUUGCUUCUAGGCACGUCAACCUAACGACCCUUGUCCCUCACCUCUGUGAGACCUUGUCUAGCAAGCACCUAGUUUUAAGGCGUGCUGUUGUAUCUUGCUUGCGCCAGUUGGUUCAGAGAGAAGCGAGGGAGGUGUCGGAACAUGCCAAUCAAAUGAGGGCGGAGUCUAAUACUAACAACCCCGGUGCCAGAACUCAGUUAGCCUCUAGAUCGAGAGCUAACAAAGUUUUCGCACCUUCCCCCAUCUCCUCCCACGACCACACUCACGCUCUGGAUGUGGCUGAAGUUGGUCUGGAGGCGGCUCUCUUCUCUCUCAUGGAUAGGGAUCAUGAUGAGAAGCUCAAGUCGGAUGCGAAGGAUGUUGUCAUCAGUCUGUUGCAGACGCUAGUAAGCGACAACCUGGCUGGAUGGCUCGGACUGGUCAAGGAUGUCCUUCAGUCGUCUGCGACUGCGGCCGCUUCCGCUCUCUCAGCUUCCGGCAAAAAUAGAGAUGAUGAUGAAGAUGAGGAUGAAGACGAAGAUGUUAAUAUUCAGAGCGUUAAUCCUGACACGUCUAAGAGACAUCAGGUAAGUUCUAAAUGGCAGACGAAAGUAUUCGCCAUUGAAUGCCUCAUGAAGAUAGUGAAUGCCUGUGAAGAUGUCGAGGCUCAUUUCAAUUUGAAAGAAGCCAAGUCACUCGUCAUGAAAGGGCAAGGUGAUUACCUGGUACUGCAUCUCUCUGAACUCGUCAGGAUGGCUUUCAUUGCCGCGACAUCUGAUAGUGAUAAGUUGAGAUUGGCCGGCCUCUCUUGUUUGCAGGAAAUCAUAUGCAAGUUCAGCAAAAUCCCCGAACCUGAGUUCCCAGGGCACGUUAUCCUGGAACAAUAUCAAGCGCAGGUUGGAGCUGCUUUGAGACCUGCCUUCACUCCAGAAACUGCUCCCGACGUUACGGCUGGCGCAUGCGAGGUAUGCAGUACGUGGAUUGGAAGUGGCGUGGCUCAUGACCUCAAUGACCUUAGAAGAGUUCAUCAGCUGUUAGUGUCUUCACUUACAAAGCUGGACACGACGAAAGAUUCUUGCUUGCUCUAUAGUGAAAGUUCUCUGACUAUGGAGAAACUUUCUGUCCUCAAGUCCUGGGCUGAAGUUAGUAAAGAAUUUGGGGAAUUUGCCGGAAAUGGAGUGGGAAAUUCGGGCGUUGGUGGUGCGCAGGAGAGUUUGUUGAGUCUGGUGGAGAUGGAAAUCAAGAUGCUGAGUAGGCACUGGAUGGCUAUGUUGAGAGACUACGCACUGCUCUCUCUACCGUCAGAAUACGCCAACCAGUUGCCUGCAGAGGGUGGUGCCUUCUACCUGCACGACACGAUGGACACCUCCCGACCCUACUAUAAGAAAUCCUGGCCUCCCAUACUCUACGCCGCAUGCCUCUGGCUCAACCAGGUCGGUUUCACUAAUUCAAUUAAGGUCUGGUCCGAUGAAGCUGCUAGUGAUGAACUGAUGCUGCUCGGGUGGACGAUAAAAAGGAGGUUCAUGCUGAUAGAUUUUAUUUGUUACUGGAGUAUUUGCACGGAAGCCAUGUGCAACCCUACCUCGGUUCAGACGUUAGAAACGAUCAAUAUGUGUCUAAAGUCACUGUCAGUUCUUCUCGAUGACCAAUGGGUGGCUGAACGUGUGGCGGCCGAUCUACAACUCUCUAUUGAACUUCUCAAUGUUCUUCAUAGAUUGUUGUUGACAAGAGACUCGACUGAGUGCUUCCACCUGGUCAUUGACCUUGUCAGAAAGAUCGUGAAAUCCCAUCGUGAUUCUAAAAGUGCAACUGAAAGUCACUGGCAACAAGAAAACCCAUCACUCGAUGGCAACAGCGAAACUACCAAACCGAACGAAAAUGAAACCAAAACAGACUCCAAAAGUCCUCCAGACGAAAUAAUACCUGGGAAAUCCCUGGUUUUUGCCACACUCGAGGUGUGCCUGUGCGUACUCGUCCGACACAUCCCCUCUCUCAAUCCCGCCAUACCGUCGCUAUCAUCGUCGACGUCGUCGCUUUCGUCGGCCAUCUUGUUUUUCAAGCAGACGAGUUUUGGCGCUCCUACUGUCGACCUCUUCAUUUGGCACCUAAAGGUUCCGUUAAGGUACCUUUUGAAUGAUGAUACAAGAAUGAUGAUACCCUCGCUAGUAGCAACAGUCUUACGAGCAUUGAAGGAGGUAUGCACGCACCCAACAAGCAAGCAUCCAUCCGUACGCCAGCAUUGGGCUAGUCUACUGCAGAGUACUCUCUACACACUACUUUCAUGCAGUAUUGACGAUGGCAUAUUAAUACUAGCUGCAACAAUAUUCUUCAUUACAUGUCCACCUAAUGUUGUCACCCACCCUGAGAUAAUGGAACCGUCCAUGUCAUUGUUUAAAAGAGCAAUUGAUUCGCAAGAUAAAGACCUGAAGUUGAAAGCUGUCAAAUCAGUAGUCUCCAUUGUUCAAAGAUCAGAUGUUGGCCUGUCACACGAGUUCAUUCGAACUCUGGGACCUCCCAUUUUUAAUUAUCUCGUCCAAUCAGAGAAGAGCUUUAUGAGUAAAGACGAGAUUAAUAUUCAUAUAGAGGGUGCCAAGUUCCUCGAGUGCAUGGUCGUCGUUGCUGAUGAUUAUGAUGAUCACAGAGUCCUCCUACUGACACCCGUCAUCCCUGUGAUGGUCUCGAUGUUGAACGACGAGACAUCGACAACGACGACAUCAUCAUCAUCAACAUCCCUCUCAACAAAACUGCACGACGUAGUGCUGCAAAAGCUCAUAGACAUAGCAACUCAAUUCAGAUCGCAAUUCCAGACUGUGAUACAAAAACUACCAGUGCAGAGAUCCAAAUUAGAGAUGGCCCUGCAAACUCGCAACCGACAAAAAGCCUCAGCAACCACCAGUAGCAACGCUGGCGAUGGUGGCGCAACGAGUAGGCAACAUCUUAUGCAGCAGCAAAAUACUCAGCCUAGUAUCAGAUUAAAAAUGGAUUUUAGUAAUUUUGGAAAGUAA